GAUUCGUGAUUAUACAGAAGCAGGACAAAUCAAAAGCAGCCCUUGCACAUUCGUUUUGAUGCGAACAUCCUACUUCUUGCAACGUUUCGCUCUCCACCACUCUCACCGUUCUUCUUCCUUCUCAUUCCGUUCUAUCUGCAAUUCCUCGCCGUUUUCCUCAUUUGAUUCCGGCACCCCACAGCAUCACCAGCAGCAACAGCAAGAAUGUGACAGUCAGGGCACCCCUCAAAUUGGAACCCAUUUUCUGUUGCAACCACUUCCAUCUGCUGCCAGUUGUUCGAGACGGUCCGUUUUAUUGGGCUUGAAUUCCUUGGACUCUAAUCGUGGUCGUCCUCUUCUUAACCAUCAUUACGCUUUCCAUCGCGGAUUUUUCACUAGAGCUAAGCCCGUUCAGAGAAUCGAAUUCAAUGAUUAUCAUAGUCAACGAGCGGUUACCACUGCUUUAUGGUGCAAUUUCCUUGUCUUCUCUCUGAAAUUUGGGGUUUGGUUUUCCACAUCAAGCCAUGUCAUGUUGGCAGAAGUUGUGCACUCUGUUGCCGAUUUUGCAAAUCAGGCGCUUCUUGCUUAUGGUCUGAGUAGCUCAAGGCGUGCCCCUGAUGCAAUCCAUCCUUAUGGAUAUUCUAAGGAAAGAUUUGUUUGGUCAUUGAUAUCUGCUGUUGGGAUCUUUUGUCUUGGUUCGGGUGCUACCAUUGUUAAUGGAAUUCAAAAUUUGUGGACUUCACAGCCUCCUGCCAAUAUUCAUUAUGCAGCUUUAGUGAUUGGUGGUUCGCUUAUUAUCGAAGGUGCUUCCCUGGUUGUUGCCAUACAAGCUGUCAAGAAAGGUGCUGCUGCAGAGGGAAUGAAACUGAGAGACUAUGUGUGGCGUGGUCACGAUCCCACAUCUGUAGCAGUUAUGACAGAGGUAGUCAUAGAUUGACGAAAAUGAUUCCUAAAUGUUAAAUUACUCGUAAUACAAAUGUACAUGAAUAAUAAACAAUACAUCAGUAUAAAAGUUAUUAAUUUUAUUUUGCAGGUGGCCAUAUUCCUCAUCCAGCGUAAUCGGCAUGCUUUGAUCGGUAGAGCAAUGGAUGAAAAUGAUAUGCAGAAAGUUCUCCAAUUCUUGAAGAACGAUCCAGUUGUUGAUGCUUUAUAUGAUUGCAAAAGUGAGGUGAUAGGACCAGGAUUUUACAGAUUCAAGGCAGAAAUAGAUUUCAAUGGAGUCGCAGUGGUGCAAAAUUAUCUAAAUAGGACUGGACGAGAAGAGUGGGCUAAAGAGUUUCGACAAGCUGCAAAGGACCAGAACGAUUCAGCUUUACUCAAAAUGAUGUCGAACUACGGUGAAGAAGUGGUUACUGCUUUAGGAAGUGAAGUGGAUAGGCUUGAGAAAGAGAUUCAGAUGCUGGUUCCUGGCAUUCGGCAUGUUGAUAUCGAGGCUCAUAAUCCUACUGGGCCAUCUGCAUGAAUCACAGGCAAGAUUCUUUGUUUUUUUUAGUACAAUUUGUCAAAAUUAUUGCUUUUGAUCGAUCCUUAGUGAAGGCUUAAGGCUAUUAAUGUUUUUCGUGUGUACUACUUAGAGAGUUUCCACGGACUGAAAGAGCUAAAACCGUUGCCUGAAACUGUCACUACUUGGAAGCCCGUAGGAAACUCAUUCAUUUAUUAUGUAUUGGUGAACGGCGUAUACUUUAGUCUUGGUGGUUGAGAUGGUUUCAUUUCCAAAUUGUUAUUUUGAGCCUAAUUCAAAGCUUUCUUUUUUUUUU